AACUCUUUAUUUCCGCAUGUUUGUGCCGAGCGCUGGCACAAGCGAAACCGUGUUUCUUUAUCUAUUUUCACUUUUGCUUGGCUUGAAGAGGAAGAUGCGCGGAGACAGGAAAGGCGGACUGUUAACUCUUUAGUGCUAAAUGCGGAACCAGUGGAAUGGUUCUCCGCUCCAGGUGAUCGAAAGCUUCUGGUCGUUCUCCGAGGAACUGAACUCAAACCUAGAGAAUAAAAAUGUCGAGCAUAGUUGUUGGUUCGGAUACAUUGGCUGCAGACUGCUCCGACAGUGAUUCUCUGCAGGGCUAUUGUGAUACUGCCACUCAGGACGGGAAGUCACACACCAUGAGUUAUAAUCAGGAAGAGAGUUACAGUGAGGAUACCAUGCCGGUAGAGAGGAUGCGAAUGCGGCCGUGGUUGGAAGAGCAGAUAAAUUCAUGUCUGAUUCCAGGACUCAAAUGGGUCAACAAGGAAAAGAAAAUCUUCCAGAUCCCAUGGAUGCACGCGGCGCGCCAUGGCUGGGAUCUGCAGAAAGACGCUCCGCUCUUCAUGAAGUGGGCCAUACACACCGGUAAGUACCAGCUAGGCGUGGACCGCCCAGACCCCAAGACGUGGAAGGCCAACUUCCGCUGUGCGGUGAACAGCCUGCCGGACAUGGAGGAGGUGAAGGACAAGAGCAUCAAGAAGGGCACCAACGCCUUCAGGGUCUACAAGAUGCUCUCCUCAUCGGAGAGGAGCACCAAGAAAGGAAAGAAGAAGAAGGAUGGGAAACCCAAGGCAGCUAAAGAAGGUGACUUCAAGGUAAACAUUAACAGUUUUUUUUUGGUUGUAAUACAAUUCACUCGAACUCUUAUAAACACUCUGCUGUCCUCAGACUGGUCUAUCCAGCAGAUCCGGCUCUGUUGCGUUUUAAUGCAAAUGUUACACAAUCCCACAAACAGUCUUCAUGCCCACCUUCCUCUUUUUGAAGCAACACUGUUUUUACGCAUUCUUUGGUUUCUGGUUUUCCAUAACUGUUUCUCUUUGUCUACAGACAGCGACACAGAUAGCUUGAACAGUGAGACAGAAGAUGCAGGAGAGGGCGUGAGCGGCGCCUGGAUGCGGAACUACAGCACGUCCAUCCUCCGGAUGCCGUCGGGCCCUCUGCCCGGCAUGUCCAGCUUCAUGGCCAACAAGCCCAACCUGCGCAUCACCACCAUCCAGGACCCCAACCCGCUCAUCAGUUACCGCGCCGACAAAUGGACCACGCGCUACGUCAAGUCAAAGCCCGGGACCACCGGGCACGAGGUGCGCGCCAGCGUCAUCAUGAAGACCUCCGACGUCAACUCGUCCUGACCUCUGACCUGUGCACAGGCCGUCUUAGGUUGUUUAAACGCUGCGUAGGGAGGACGUCGACCCGUCCGUUGUCAUGGUUGCUGUUUUUUGUUGACACAUCAUCGGCGGUUGGGACGGAGGUUUAUAGAGGCCCCGGGGCCCGGUGGGAUCUCAGGGCCCAAGCGGCCCUGUCAAAGCGUCGGGCCGCUUUGACAAGGACAAAGGGGUGGGUUUCUAACAUGGGACUGAAUGCAAUAUUCUACGUGAACUCAGAUGUCGGCUGGCAAGUCAGCUCUGCCGUCGCUGACAUGCAUCAAAGAAUCGCAGGGAUCUUUUUUUUCGUUUUCUUUUUUUGAUGGUAACUAAUUUCAGAAAAAAGCCAAAUAUGUACCCAUGUAGUAGGAAAGCCUCCUUCUUUCUGUCUGUCGGUUGGGCCUUCCCCAGAGAUGGCAGAGCAUGGAGCGUUCACACUGAGACGUGGAUGAACGUCGAUAAACAAGCCAACAGGCAGGCGGACCUACAGACUUAUUGGCCGUGACCUUGUGGUCACUUCUUAUCUCCCUCUCCUCCUUGCUUGCUCUACAGUGUGUAGAAACUAGAAAUAUAUGUGUCUUUCAGAUGCUUUUGCACAGCUCUUGUGUGUGUGUGUGUGUGUGUGUGUGUGUGUGUGUGUGUGUGUGUAUAUGUGCAUAUAGGAAAUCGACUUGACAAGCCUUAUAGAUGAUUUGUGCCUUCAAAAAUUGUGGUGCCUGUUUUCCUGAGGCACAUUUAUUGUGGCCCCUGCACAUGCUAGGUCAUACAAAAAAAAACGUAGUUGGAGUGGCAGAAAUAGCAGAGAGGGUCCUUCGUGGCUAACUGGAAGGAUAGAGAUGACAAUAAUUCCAUUACUAGUGAGUGUCAUUGAACGAUAAUAAUUUUGUUGUUUGAAUGCCGGUUGUGACGUGUAAAGGACAGGAGGUAUACCUCAACUGCAAGCAUGUUUUUGUAAAUAGUGUGGAUAUGUGUUGGUAGCUGUGUUGCACAGCUGAUGCACUAGAUGACACUGUAUUCUGCUGUACCCACUGGUUAACCACUUUUUCUUUUAAUCCCAAACCAGAAUUUACUUUUGAAAUGUCUCCCCCCUUAAAAAACAAGAACAGAGAUUCUAUAUGAUGAGAUCGUGUAAGAUAAUGUUUUAUAGUGACACAAGAGAAGUGCUUGGAAAUGAUUGAAUUUGCAGUCUUGUGUGCAAAAUCGUAUAUGAAGACAAUUUCCAGAUGGUAAUAUAUGGGACAGUGUGGUAUUGAUUACAAAUUAAGUGUUUUAAUCAGAUUAAGACCAGCUUUGAAAAACUUCUCAAUGUAUUGUCUGGUUUUUAUGUUCAACUUUAAAAGCAUAUUAUGUACGUUUGUUACUUGACGUCAGACCAGAUAAUGGGAAAUUGAUACCACUUUUAUGAAGUGGUAAUAUAUAUGGACUGUCCCAUAUGUUUUCAAUCUGUGUUUUUCCAAAUUGUACUAUAGUUUCUAAAUAUUUCAUAUAUAAUGCAAUUUAAUAAUUGCUUUAUUUACCCCCCCCACACUUUUUAUGAAUAUCUCCCUCCUAUUUGCUUGUCGAUAUCUGUUUAAUCUGUGAAUGAAUCUAGGUCUGUCAGAUAAACGGCCAAAGUGCACUUAAACCCUGAGCCCCUUCUGCCUAGAUGUGUAAUAAAGGGAAGUCCUUGUGAACCUGAAAAAUGAACAGAGAGAAACAUUGAAUGUGACUUGAUCAAUUGUAAUUGUAUUUCCUUCAACCAAGAUGAAAAUCCAUCAUACCAUAUGUUUUUAGAUCGGCUUAUGCUCGCCUGCUGAUACUUUGCACCAUGAGUUCUCAAUGUAUCUUUGUUCAAUCUAAAUUAGGCCUAUAUGUAUUGUCCAAAAGGCUUUAAGAUCACACACCACAAAAUCUCCCAUGUCUUAGAAAGGAGGCCCCUCUCUCUGGCCCCUUCUUUUUUCAAUAUUUGUAUCAUGAGAAAUCAUAGAAUUUUAACGCAAGUUCCUUGACGACCAGUGUGUGUGAGGCCUCCCUUGCGAAUCACUGCCGUUUUGUAAACGGUUUUGUAAAAGGUUUUCACACUGCACUGGCUCUGACUGGUUAAAAUCCGCCCUACAGUGUGGAUUCUAUCUUACCUGUGGAUCAACUACUAAAUCACAAUAAAGGACUUUUAUUUAUUCUUUUGUUGGUUUUAAUGUGAAGUGGGCGAAAAUGUGAUCGUUUGGGAGUCGGGAUUGAUACAUUCAGACGGCCGAAAAGGGACAGUGAUCAAU